AUGGACUCGAUGGGUCCCAUGCCUUCCGGCAUGCCCACGAAUAUGUCUCUCACGAACGGAACUGACCUGCCCCCCAAGUCUGGCAUGAUGAUGUCCACCUGCAAGAUCGAUAUGCUCUGGAACUGGUACACCAUCGAUGCCUGCUUCAUCUCGCACUCCUGGCACAUCACUUCUCGUGGCAUGUUCGCUGGUUCUUGCAUCGGUGCCAUCUGUCUCGUCCUGUGCCUCGAAGCUCUCCGUCGCCUGGGUCGUGAAUACGAUGCUUUCAUCUUACGCCGAGCUCGUCUGCGUCAAUUGUAUCUGUCGAAAAAAGCCAGCAAGUCUUCCGCUUCGUAUGCUUCCGCCGAGGAAAACCACGCCAUCGAGACUGCUGCCAAGACAUCCCAGGGAAACGACGCUCGGGAGACGGUCACGGCUGAGCCUGUGGAGCAGCAAGACCAGAUCAUCCCUGCUGCUACUGCUGCUGCUGCUGCUGCUGGAAACUUAAGUGAAAAGCCCUCCAGCGAGUCCACUCGUCACGAAAAGAAAUCGCAGAGCUGUUCCUACCCGAUCAACAACGCCGAUACCACCCUGUCAUACCGUCCGUCGCCCGUCGAGCAGGUUGUCCGCGCUUUGCUGCACACGCUCCAGUUCGGUGUUGCGUACAUCAUCAUGCUCCUUGCUAUGUACUACAACGGCUACAUCAUUAUCUGCAUCUUCAUCGGUGCAUUCCUGGGCUCUUUGGUCUUCUCGUGGGAGCCUGUUUCCCUGAACGACGAGUAA